UGUGAUUUCCGGUACCGUCUGAUACACCGGCACCCAGAUUUACUGAAACCUGAAUUUGGCACAGAAUGACAUAAUAACCUUUAAACUACGAAAAAAUAUAGAAAUACAUGAAUUGCGACUACAUAAACUUACAGAAGACAACGCAUUUGAUAGAAUGCUCGUUUUUCUUACGGAUCCAGUUGGGCUGAUUUCUAACCUUGACAUAUGACAAUUGCGUUCAGAGAAUCUACGAAGCUUUUUACAUUUUAAAUAGUUUGUAUCGUUUUGCCUUCAAUACAACCAACGAGUCUUGUACGUAAGUGACCAGCGCUCACAAUAAACUCACGCCAAGGGGAUGGUUAAAUAACACAAACUGAUACAACAGCGUAAUUGAUUAACAGCCAAGAGCGUAAAUUCCUACAGCUAUUUAUCACUUGAGAAUGGAUGAGUGGUAAUGUAACACCAUUCUCUCCGUUAACAGAUAACAUAUCGCAUCGUGCUACAAAAUGAUUGGGCUGAAAUACCAUGUUUCGUUGCCCAUGGCAGCAGGUGCUUUAUUGGUUGGCAUUCCAUAUUCGAUCUCAUUGGUUGCCCAGUGGAUGUAUGGGUGGCCCAAUAAGCCCGGCUAUAAGAAGUACAUUGAGGCACUGAAGCCAAGGAGAAUCUACUGCUUGACCAGAGCAAUUUUGGAGACACUGAAGUACCUACAAUACGGCAAACUGUACUUUCAGUGGAAAUCAUGGUACAAGAACGACAAGAACCGCAAACACUACGAAAAAGGUAUCACCUUUGGUCGCAGAGAGAACAAACUGGACUUGUACUACCCUCCUACUGCGGGGGAGCCAGGAUGCAAGCCAGCACCUGUGAUUGUAUUCAUCUAUGGAGGAGCGUGGGGUUCAGGGGAGAGAGCCAUUUACUGUCUCCUGGCCAUGCAGAUGGCUAAAGAGCUGAGUGCAACUGUUAUCUGUCCAGACUAUUGUACCUUUCCAAAAGGGAAUGUUUUGUGUAUGAUUCAAGAUAUUGCUGACUGCCUGUUGUGGACAAGAGAAAACGGACACAAGUUCAAAUUUGAUAAAGACAAGGUGAUUUUGAUUGGGCACUCCGCUGGUGCGCAUCUGUCCACACUUGCCACGCUGUUUCUUAUAGAAGGCAGAGAAGAGCUGUUCAUAGAGGCAGGAAAACAGCUGGAGGUCAUAACAGCUAUCAGAGGAGUUAUUGGUUUGAGCGGGGUGUACAACAUUAUGGACCACUACGAACACGAACAGACUCGGGCUGUGGAGUUUGUCUCCACCAUGCACAAAGCCAUGAAUGGAACAGAGAACUUUCCCUACUAUUCCCCUGAACAUAUCCUGAAUGAUUUUGACAAGGAAAACUUAAAAAGAGUCCCUCCUUUCUCGCUUCUCCACGGAACCAACGACAUCAUCGUCCCUGAGGCGUCUUCCAUCCGCUUCUCUGAGCUGCUCACCUCCCUGUCCAUUAGAGUGUCCCUUUACCUGCUGCCUAAAAUGGACCACACAGAGAUCGUGACAGACCUCAUGGGUCCGGACCGACACUUCUACCCCACCGUGUACAGCUGCCUCAAGCAGGAACACUGCAAACUGGUGGGAGCCUGUUGAAGUACCACUCACUCCACUAAUACAAAAAAAAACCUUCUUUUCAUCAUGUGCCGUGCGUUUUAUUGUUUACAUUGUCGUAAUACCUCAAACUUCUACUGACUUUAGCCUUGACUGAUAUUCAUUAACCAUUUUUUAUUUAAAUGAUUCCUCUAUUGAAUGUUUAAUGUUUCUUCUUGAUUCACGACCGUGAAAUCUUACCGACUGAUAAAGGGGUGUCCUUUUAACAGAGCGGUCUACUAAAAUUAGCAGGGUGUGAAAUUCAGCAUUCAGCCUUUGCAUAUAAUAGCAUAUCGACUUUGUAUUAUUUUUAUCGUCCAGUAUUAUGUGAAUCAUCAACAGUAUUGACUUUGGGAAAUUACUUGGUGGUUCUGUAGAUUUCUCACCUUUUUCUACAGGGGGUUGAUUGCAUGCAUCAUGGUUGAGGGCACACAAUAAUUGUUUCAUGAACUCUAGGUCAAUCAUUUUCUAAAUCUGUACUUAAAAACUGUUAAAUGAAUAUUUGAAAUUAACUAAUACAAAACUAGUCACAAUUUGAAA